CUCUCCACCCACCUAUACUCCCACUAAGCCCAUGUCAUGAGGUCUCUUCCCCUUUGGCUCUGCAUCUGACCUCUAAAACUUCAUCAUUCUCUUGCUCUCCCACCCUUUUCUUUCCUUAUCUUCCUUGGAAGUGCAUAUAUAGAGAGAAAAAUGGUGGGGAAGAAAAUGGUGUCUUUCAAGAAACUAGCGAAGAAGGUAAAGGUUCUGGGUAGAGUUGCUCAUGAGGAACUAACAUAUCAUGAAUGUUUGCUCAAGGAAUUUGAGGAAGCUUCUCUUUCUCCCAAAACGCCAACAGGGUUCUUUGCGGCAUAUAUAGGAGAGGAGCGCCAAAGGUUUGCGGUUCCAACCAGCUUUCUCUCACACCCAUUGUUCAAGAUGUUGUUGGAGAAGUCAUACAACGAGUUUGGGUUCGAGCAAAGCACUGGCCUGGUAGUUCCAUGCAGCGUGUCUACUUUCCAAGAGGUCUUAAAAGCUGUACAGUGCAGCAAUGGGAAGUUUGACUUUGGGAAACUGGUUGAGGAGUUCAUUUAGAUUGUAGAAGAUAGAUCAUAUAUUUUUAUAGGGACCAGGAUAUUGUUUUUCCUUGAUGCAAGUGCGUGGCCGGCCGCUUCUAAUUCAAAGGAUGUAAUGAUUUAGGAUUCUACAGGAAUACAAGUCAGUUCUUCCAAAACGGUUGAGGUAAUUUUGAUCAUUUUGGUGAUAUAGAUCUUAGAGCUUGGAGCGUUUUGCCGGUAAUGAAUGCCUGGACAUGAAUUGCCUCUGUUUCACUUCUUCAUUGAUAAAUGAUUGGACCUUCGGCUUUCAUUCAUGAUUGAUGAUGGUUUAGUCGCUUGUAUGGAUAUUUUAUUGUGUCAAUCGAAUAGUUCUCAAAACCCAAUUGCUAAA